AUGGAGAAAAAGAAAAGAAAAGGCGAUAAACUUAAAGGUAUGGAGUAUUGGAAAAAGUGGUGUGGUUCACCGGCUACCCGUAAACAAGAGAAUUUGGGACCAACAACUAGUUUGCAUGCUGACAAUAAAAUUGUGAUCACAAGCGAGCCUUCGACUUCAUUUACGGUAUCCAAUGUCGAGACCGAGUCGGUGGUGUCGCCAGCGCCCUGUUUUAUACCUACCACUACCGACCCUUCACUUAGCCUAGAACCGACCAGCAGCAGCACCAGCUCAUCUGUUACGUCAUCUUCACAUUCUUCUAAAUUGGAUGUUGGUUUUUAUGCGACUGAAGACAAUAUCGAGAAUGAAUAUCUAAAGGCCCAAAUUUUAAAAGAGCCUUGGACUCCACCUCAAGAUUACAAGUUUCCCAUUUCUACAAAACGAAAUUUGCGCUUUCAAAUGAAAUGGAUGGAAAGAUUCCCCUGGUUGGCAUAUUCUGAGUAUAAAAGUGGAGCAUAUUGUAGAAUUUGCGUCGUAAUGAGACGUUCGCUUGAUGAAGGUAAAGGGGGCCAUCAGCGGGUCGGCCAGCUUGUAACCGAUCCUUUUUGCAAGUGGAAGAAUGCAUUAGAAAUAUUUGAAACUCAUGCAAAAUCAGGAUAUCACAAACGAAAUUUGGAACUCGCAGAUAACUUCCUAAAAGUAAUGUCUUCUCAGGUUGUUUCAGUUGAUGAGCAGUUGUCUUCUGAAAGAAAAAGACAGCAACAAGAAAAUCGAAAAAAACUAAUCCCCAUCGUAAAAGGAAUAAUUUUUUGCGGCAAACAAGGUAUACCUUUAAGAGGUAAAACUGAUUCGGGACGGAUUCACGUUACACCGGAGUCUGAACAACCACUUCAGAAUGAGGGUAAUUUUCGAGCUCUAUUGCGGUACGCAGCCGAAUCUGGGGAUAAAGAUCUUUCGGAGCAUUUGAUCACUUCUCAGAAGAAUGCCCUUUACACGAGCCCACAAAUCCAAAAUGAAAUAAUUGACAUUUGUGGUGAAAUUAUUCAACACAAGAUCAUUAACGAAGUAAAGGAAGCUAUUUUUUUUUCGAUUCUCGCUGACGAGACAACUGACAUUGCGCGUAUGGAGCAAGUCUCAUUGUGCUUGCGAUAUGUUGAUUCAAAAGAUGCGAAACAACAUAAAGUUAAGGAGAUGUUUUUAGAGUAUAUUCCAACUGUUGACGUGACAGGAUCCGGUCUUGCAAAUCUUAUAAUUACAGCUCUGAAAAAGCAUGGACUUGAUUGUUCUCAUGUGGUUGGUCAAGGUUACGAUGGAGCUGCAGCUAUGAGUGGGUAUUUGCACGGUGCCCAAGCAUUUAUUCGUCAAGACUGUCCUCUUGCUCUUUAUGUACAUUGUAGUGCACACUCUCUCAAUCUCGCUAUUGCCGACUCAUGUUCUCAAGCAGAAGUACGAAACUGCGUUGGAAUCGUACAAUCUGUUGGUUCCUACUUUAGACAUUCGGCUCAACGCACUGCUGUUCUGAAAGAAAAAAUUAGGGAUUUGUUACCGGCUGAUCAUCAAAAAAGCUUGCUUGCAAUGUGUGAAACACGGUGGGUUCAUAAGCAUGAAGCCGUUAUAAGAUUUAAAGAAAUUUAUUCAGCGAUUGUGCAUGCUCUCGAAGAACUCCAAUCUAGCCACAAUAAAGAAACAUCGCAACAAGCCGUCCAAAUGCUUAACACACUUCGAUCUUCGAAUUUUGUUAUGUGCCUAGUAAUUCUUCAAAAAGUUAUGAGCUAUACAUUGUCGCUGUCAAAGCAACUGCAGACAGUUAACGCAGACCUCAUAACAGCAUUCAGCCACGUUGAUAAUGUUAUUAAUGCUUUGCAACUUUUAAGAGACAAAGUUGACGAAGAGUAUCUCCAUCUAUAUGAAGAAGCAAAGGUGUUGCUCGAAGAAAAUGGUGGUAUACUGCUUAUGCCACGUAUUGUCGGAAGGCAGCUGAAUCGCUCAUAUAUUCCUGCGUCGGAUAUAUCCACGUAUUAUAAAUUAAAUUUAUUCAUCCCUUUUCUCGACCAUACAAUACAACAAUUGAUUGAGAGGUUUAUAAAACACCGUAAAGUAGUAUCGGCACUAUCUUGUGUGUUACCGUCAAAUUUUGCGACCAGUUGUGAAAUUGAAGAGGCAUUUUGUAUGUAUUCGACAGUGCUGCCCGAAAAAUGUUCAUCUGUUGUCAAAGCAGAACUUGAAGUGUGGAAAGCAGCCAUGACUCUCACAUCCCCUAUUCCAAAAUCAGCUCUGGAAUGCUUAGAUAACUGCGACCAAAAACUAUAUCCAAAUAUUUACACAUUGUUGCAAAUAUUGGCGACCAUACCUGUUUCCACUGCUACCCCAGAAAGGACUUUUUCAAGCCUAAGAAGACUUAAAAACUACUUGAGAAACACAACAAGUGAAAACAGAUUGAAUGGCUUGGCUCUCAUGAACAUUCACUAUAUGAUAGAAAUUGACGCGAAUGAAGUAGUGGAUAUAUUUAAAAAGAAAAACAGAAGAUUAAUUCUGUAA